GAAAACAGACGGAGGGGGGAGAUAACGGUUUCAGGAGAGUUUGGGAAGACACAGAUAUUAUGCUGCACCGGACAGAGACAGGGACACUGGUUUCUAACGUGGAGCUGCCCGCUAUGCCAGGUCUCGGAGCGCUAUUAGGAGAGGACAUGUCGCCGCUGUAGGUGAUAUUAUAAAUGAACGCAGGUAUUUUAUUCUAGCAAAAGAAAAAAGAGAAGGUUUGUUUUUUACAUGCUGUCCGUCUAAUUGGAUACCGAAGGGGGCGGGAGAGCGAGCAACAAGUGGAGUUUGGCGUGGACAGGCCGAGAUUUCUCACGAGCUAUGGAAGAGCAAAAGGAGCCCAACAGCGGCCGGGACUCGACCGAGGAGGAGAGCAUGUCCCUGUCCCCGAACCUCCCAUCCCCUGCCAUGAUUUUACCCCACCAGGCCGCGCAGCAGGCCCACAGAACCACGAACUUUUUCAUAGACAACAUCCUCCGGCCGGACUUCGGCUGCAGGAAGGAGCCGAGCUACCGCGACCGGAGCCAGACGCCCGGCAGGGAAAACGUGAACCCGCUGGGAGCGAGGCCGCCGCCGCCGCCGCCUUCGCACACCGGCAGCCUGUGCCUGGACUCGAACUGCAGCAGCGACAGCACCUCGUCGUCGUCGCCGUCCUCCUCGUCGUCGUCCACGUCCUCCUCCCCGUCGUCCAAGCAGAACUCGUCGAAGCAGGGCGAGCCGGCGAGCAACGGGACCGGCAGAUACGCAGACAGCCCCUCAAUUGUGGUCGUGAGUGGCAGCAAUGGAGGGUCCCCGCCCACAACGAAAGAAAGCCAGCCGCUGUUGUGGCCCGCUUGGGUUUACUGUACGCGGUACUCGGACCGGCCCUCAUCUGGCCCAAGGACACGCAAACUGAAAAAGAAGAAGAGCACCAAGGAGGACAAGCGGCCGAGGACGGCGUUCACGGCCGAGCAGCUCCAGAGACUGAAAACCGAGUUCCAGGCCAACCGGUACAUAACGGAGCAGCGGAGACAGUCUCUGGCCCAGGAACUCAACCUGAACGAGUCCCAAAUUAAAAUCUGGUUCCAGAAUAAGAGGGCCAAGAUUAAAAAGGCCAGCGGCUACAAGAACGGCCUGGCCCUGCAGCUCAUGGCCCAAGGACUCUACAACCACUCCACGACCACCGUGCAGGAGGAACGGGAGGAGAGCGAAUGAGCGGCCCGGACACUUCCCCGGCGGGGGCCGCUCCUUCCUUUCUUUCUUUCUUUCUUUUUUUUUGGCUUCAAAAGAAAACUGGGAAACUAUUUAAGGACACAGAUUUCUGUUAAACACUAUAUGGACAUAAUUAUAUAAAUGAACGAUCGUUAUUAAAAGUUUAUAUAGCCACAGUUAUCAUGUUGUAUACAGUAUAUUUAAUUUCAGGCUCAUCCCGUCCUCUCCAUGUCUGUCCUCGCUGUUUUUAGGAUGUCCGAUUGGCUCUAGUUUUCUUGUGGUCCUCCAUAUAUCCGCGCCAUAUUUUUUUAUUUUUAUUUUAUUUUUUCCCUUCAACCCAUCAGUCCGCAGAUAAGCCAAAGAUUUUAAUAUGUUCACAUGUAGUCUGAAAUAACAAUAAUAAUAAUAAAAAAAAGAAGAAGA